UAGAUUGAAAAUCAAUUAAAAUAAAAAGUAAUUAAACAAUUUUAAAUAUAUUUACCUAUACUGAAAAGUAAUUUAAAUCAAAAAUAUAUUAUUUUAGUGAUAAAUCAUCACAUCCUCCUCAUUUGUUAUAAGUACUAAAAAAACAAAAUAAACAAAUUUAUACGUGAUUCCAAUCCCCUACUCGACAGACGCCCUCGCUGCACUUGAGAGAGAGAGAGAGAGAUAUGGCGGCAGCUGCUGUGGUGCCCGCGAACAGGGGCCGUCGGAACAUGGUGGAGGAGGACAAGUUGGUGUUCGAGACGACGGAGGGCGUGGAACCCAUACAGAGCUUCGAUCAUAUGGGUAUAAAAGACGAUUUGCUCAGAGGGAUUUACGCUUACGGCUUCGAGAAGCCCUCCGCCAUACAGCAGAGAGCUGUGAGGCCCAUCAUCGAAGGCCGCGAUGUCAUCGCCCAGGCCCAGAGCGGCACUGGCAAGACCUCCAUGAUUGCUCUCGCCGUCUGUCAGAUGGUCGACACCUCCUCUCGAGAGGUCCAAGCAUUGAUCUUGUCUCCUACGAGGGAACUGGCAACUCAAACAGAGACAGUAAUAUUGGCAAUUGGUAAUUACAUAAACAUACAAGCCCACGCAUGCAUUGGGGGAAAAAGCGUUGGUGAUGAUAUUAGAAAGUUGGAAUAUGGAGUUCAUGUCGUGUCUGGAACGCCAGGUCGAGUUUGUGACAUGAUCAAGAGAAGAACGCUGCGAACAAGAGCUAUUAAAUUAUUAAUUCUUGAUGAGUCUGAUGAGAUGUUGAGCAGAGGAUUUAAGGACCAAAUUUAUGAUGUGUACAGAUAUCUUCCCCCAGAGCUGCAGGUUGUCUUGAUAUCUGCUACCCUUCCAAAUGAAAUUUUGGAGAUUACAAACAAAUUUAUGACAGAUCCUGUCAGGAUCCUCGUGAAACGUGAUGAGUUGACUCUAGAGGGCAUCAAGCAGUUUUUCGUCGCAGUGGAACGAGAAGAAUGGAAGUUUGAUACUCUUUGUGAUCUUUAUGAUACACUUACCAUUACUCAAGCUGUUAUUUUCUGUAAUACAAAGCGAAAGGUGGAUUGGUUGACUGAGAAGAUGCGUAGCUGUAACUUUACUGUCUCAUCAAUGCAUGGCGACAUGCCUCAGAAGGAGAGAGAUGCCAUAAUGACAGAAUUUAAGAGUGGUACUAGCCGUGUCCUGAUCACAACAGAUGUGUGGGCUCGGGGGCUUGAUGUUCAACAGGUCUCUCUGGUGAUCAAUUAUGACCUUCCAAACAAUCGAGAGCUUUACAUUCAUCGGAUUGGCCGAUCUGGUCGUUUUGGGCGCAAGGGUGUGGCAAUAAACUUUGUCAAAGAGGAUGAUAUUAAGAUCUUAAGAGACAUUGAGCAGUAUUACAGUACUCAGAUUGAUGAAAUGCCAAUGAACGUGGCUGAUUUGAUUUAAUUGUUCGUCAUAUUUUGCCUGACCAAAAUUGGAUGGUGAUGAAGCAUAGUGGCCUGGGAGGAAUUUCAGUGCGGCUUUGUUGAUGUGUGCCAGCUUUCUCUGUGAUGGGUUUGUGUAUGGGACAGCUAUAGAAGUUUUCUGGUCUUUGUAAUGAUAAAAAAUGUUUCUAGAGUUAAGGUCUGGUGGCAUACUUUUUGAGGACCUUCAGGGAAUGAGGUUUGGAGGGCUUCUAUUCAAUUGUGUGAUUUUAAUGUUAAUGGUGGACAUUGAAAUGUACUUUAGCUAGAGAUAUGGGCUCUCUGUUCUGUAACUAAUUGUUUAAUGAACUGACAUCAACUCCUUCCUGA